UGGCCAUUGAUGGGAGCCAAUCUCUCCAACUUCCCCCUGAGCCUGUCAGCUCCACUCUUCCACCUCGGCAUGGGAGGCAUCUUUGGACUCUAUCUCCUCUAUUGGUUCAAACUGGACAUGUUCACUACUCUUCGUUACCUUCUCUUCCUCGGCAUCUUCACAUUCGUUGCGGGCAACAGGCUUCUGCGCCACAUAGUUACCGAGCAACGCAAAUCCCAGGAAUAG